CCUCGCAGGGAUGCAGGGACGGUGAAGCUCUGAGGGGAGGUCGGUCCCUGAGGUCUGGCUUCAGGGUUUUCAGCGGCCUCUACCGCUGCCUGUCGUCGGCGCAGCUUGAAAGCGGUGGGAAACAGAAACACUAUGGCUUCCAGUCUGUCUCUUACUCAGCUCUCCAGUGGAAACCCCAUCUAUGACAAAUACUAUCGUCAGGUUGAUCCAACUGGCAGCGGGCGAGUGGCAGCAGCUGAUGCAGCUCUGUUCCUAAAGAGGUCAGGUCUGGCUGACCUGGUCCUUGGGAAGAUCUGGGAUUUGGCAGACUCUGAACGAAAGGGAGCACUCAACAAGCAGCAAUUCUUCAUAGCCCUGCGGCUGGUAGCUUGUGCUCAGAAUGGCCUGGAGGUGGCGCUCAAGAGUCUUAAUGUGGCUGUUCCUCCCCCGAAAUUUCAUGACACCAGCAGCCCGCUGUUAGCAGGAGGAGGGGCUGCUGACCUUCCCUGGGUUGUCAAGCCUGAGGAGAAGCUGAAGUUCGACUCCAUCUUUGACAGUCUUGGCCCAGUAGGAGGGAUGCUGUCGGGAGAGAAGGUCAAGCCCGUCCUGCUUAACUCCAAAUUGCCGGUGGACAUCCUGGGCAGGGUGUGGGAGCUCAGUGACAUAGACAGAGACGGCAUGUUGGACAGAGAUGAGUUUUCUGUGGCUAUGUAUCUGGUGUACAGAGCUCUAGAGGGGGAGCCUGUUCCCAUGUCCCUACCGCCUCCCCUGGUGCCACCCUCCAAGAGGAAAAAACCUUCGGUGCCUCCCGUGAUGCCCCUGUUACCCUCGCCCCCCUCUGUCAAAGACAGUCGCUCCUCCCACGCUGGCUCUAAGACUAUGCCCCACCCUCCUAAACCCACCCCAGCUCCUGCCCCUGUCCCAGCACCAGCAGCUGCCCCUGUGAGUACAGGCUCCACCUCUCCUUGGGUAGUAUCGCCAGCAGAGAAGGCGAAGUUCGACGAGCUGUUCAACAAGACGGAUGGCGACAUGGAUGGCUUGGUGUCCGGCCCUGAAGUCAGAGAUAUAUUCCUCAAGACCGGGCUGCCCUCCGCUACACUCGCACGGAUUUGGGAGCUCUGUGACAUUGGAGACAUAGGGAAACUGACGCGAGAGCAGUUCGCCUUGGCGCUUUAUCUAAUUAAUCUGAAACUGACCAAAGGCUUAGACCCUCCACAAAAUCUGUCCCCAGAGAUGAUUCCUCCGUCUGACAGACAAAACAUCAAACAGAACAACGCAGCUAACCUAGCAGCCGACUUCUCUGCCAUCAAGGAGCUGGACUCACUGAGUAACGAGAUUGUUGAACUACAAAGGGAGAAGAGCUCUGUGGAGGAGGAGAUCAAGGAGAAGGAAGAGGCCAUCCGACAGCGCAGCAACGAAGUGCAGGACCUUCAAGAUGAGGUGGCAAAGGAAAACGAAGUAUUGCAGCAACUUCAGGCUCAGCGUCAGAAAGUCCAAGAUGCUUUAGAUGAGCUGGACCAACAGAAGGCCUCCCUGGAGGAGCAGCUCACUCACAUUCGACAGCAGACCAACCAGGAGACCCAACUUAUCUCAUCUCUGCAGUCAGAGCACGAGGAGCAGGAACAAAGGAUAUGUCAGUAUGAGGAGGAGCUGGUCCAGGCCCGAGAGGAGCUUUUGGCUCUGCAGGAGGAAAGCCGGAAACUUCAGGAGAAGGUCCAGGCUGCCCAGGAGCAGCUCACUCCUCUUCAGGAGUCUGUGCGUGACUCUUUCACACAAGUUGCACAGGUCCAACAGAAACUGAACGACCUUCAGGUGGAGGAGCGAUCAGUGACUGCUCAGCUCAGCUGGAAGAGAGCCCUCGAGGACAGCUCUCCUGUCAUGGUCAAUGGAUCAGCAGGCCCCGCUGCAGAGCUCCACCAUGGGGACCUCUUCCAGAGGGACCUCUUCCAGGAGGACCUUAAAGAACUGAGAGUGGAAGAACAUUCAGAUUCAGAGGAGAGAGGUGGCGUGAAUGAGAAAGAAGAGGAAGACGAGAAGGAAGAAGAGAGUCCAAAAGCUGGGGAAGAUGAAAAGCAGAAACGUGAUGCCUUGGAUGAUCUCUACACUGAUAUGUACAGUCUGUCGAGCCUGGCCAAGCCCCGGGAGAGCAAUGUUAGGGAACACAGCAGCCCCGCGCCUGACGUCUCCUCUGAGGCUACAGAGGAUGCAAAGGAGUCACCCAAGGAGACUCCACCAAAGGUUGCAUCACCAGAGCCAGAGAGCAAACAGGAGCCUACAGAGCCAACAGAAACAACCACCUCCCCCUCUCCACCUCAGCCUGGCCCUCGCUCCUUGCCACCACAGGGCAGCCCUCCCUCCCUGCCUGAGAUGGAUUUCUUCCAUUCAGACCCCUUUACCGAUCACGAUCCUUUUAAAGAAGAUCCUUUUGGAAAAGCAGAUGUUGGAGAUCCUUUUGGAGGCGAUCCAUUCAAAGGCUCAGACCCCUUUGCUGCAGACACUUUCUUCACACAAACUUCCAGCACCCCGUUUUCCUCAGAGGACCCUUUCUCUGCUUCAGCUGACCCCUUUGGUACCACUUCUGGCGUGCCGGAGCCAGACCUCUUUGCAGCCAAGGUGAACGAUACAGCAGCCGUACCAGCGGGUCCGGAUCCUUUCGCCUCCAAAUCCACCAAUCCAGCGGCAGGAUCCAACGAUCCGUUCAGCUCCAAAGGGAACAACACAGCUGAUUCAGACCCGUUUGGAGGCAAAAUGAGCAGCACAAAGGAGGCAGACCCGUUUGGUUCUCAAGAUGGAGACAAGGAUCCUUUUAGCAGCUCCCCGCCGAGCUCUGAUCUGGCUGUGAAGGACACUGCAGCAUCCAAUGACCCUUUUGCUCCCGGUGGUACUACAGUGAGUGCUUCCUCAGAUGCAGAUCCGUUUGCUGCUGUGUUUGGUAAUGAGUCAUUUGGAGGAGGCUUUGCAGAUUUCAGCGCUUUGGCAAAGUCAAAUGGUGCUGACCAGUUUGGAGUUGACAGCAGGAACCUCUUCCAGGAAGAGAGCCAACCUGCCAGCUCUGAUGUGCCCCCAGCCCUGCCGCCAAAAACGGGUACGCCUACCAGACCACCUCCUCCACCUCCAGGUAAGAAAUCAUCUAUCAAUAGAACGGAGUCCUCCGACUCCUUCCAUCGACGAGGAAACUUCAUGCCACAGACUUCAGGAGACUUCUCCUCCUCUUCCUCCUCCUCCUCCCUGCCUGCAAAGGAUCCUUUAGCCGACCCCUUCGCCCCCUCUUCCCCUCCUCGCCGCAACGCACGGGAAGCUGACGGAUUUGCCAGCUUUGACAAAUAUCCAACCGAGGAAGACAUGAUAGAGUGGGCAAAGCGCGAGAGCGAGCGAGAGGAAAAGGAGCGACUCGCCAGGCUCACCCAGCAGGAGCAAGAAGACCUGGAGCUGGCCAUCGCUCUCAGCAAGUCUGAAUUCUCCUGAGGAGGCCCCGUUCCCCUCUACUGGUCUGGCUUGGCACGGCACGGCACAGCUUGGCCCGGCACAGCCCAGAAAGCACCAAAGCAAAGUGGGGAUUGUACAGGACUGAUUCAGCAUCACCUGCUGACCCCAUGAAGAGACUCCAAAUCUCAUCUCUAACUCGUUCAACCCCCCAUCUUUCCUGACUGUCAUCCUGUUGGUCUCCGUGGUUUUGAUAGAGGAGCGUAACGUUUUUUCUUUUUCUUUCCCCCUUUUUAGAACCAAGCUAUAAGUGAAAACUUGUUCUAGUGUUAACAUCGUCAUUUUCCCUUCAUUUAAAAUCCAGGCAGCACGUGCCGCAUUAAGUCCCCAGACUGUAAUUUAUUGUAGCGCGCACUCGAAACCACUAAACAAACUCGAUACAUUUCAUUAAAUUUCAGCUCUCUUUGUGAUGAGAUUUUAAUAGACGUGCUAAUUUUCUAGAACUCAAGAAUUCCCCUAAUUUUCUUUUUUGGCUCUCGGUUAAACUUCUGAAACAACCACAGUAAACUGGGGAGAUUCUGUUUCCCAGUUUGUUCUGUUUCUCUGAGUCUGUAGGCCCUUUAUAACAGAGUGAGCGUGUUUUGUCCCACGGUCGUACAGGGAAGAUGAUUUUUUUUGUUUGUUUUCAUUUAGAGUAGGUCAGAAUAUUUCAACAUCUCUUCGUGUUUAACUGGAAGUUGCGGCUCCUGUAAGAUGUGAAAUGUGUACAAUGUGUAGAUUUAUACUAAAAUGGAACAAAUCUGCCACAGCUACCUUUUCCUUUGAAAUUUCAGUCCUGCCUUGCUCACUGUAGCACCUGUUUUGUGAGCAUUAAAGCAUUGAUUUUUGUGUGUGUGUGUGUCGGGGGAGGUAAUAAGGAUUGAAACUACAGCCAUCACAUUUUAUGACUACAGCUUGGUUUGCAUUAAAAACUAGGGCACACUACAGUAGGAUGCAGAACAGAAAGCACACGAUCUGUUUUUCUAACAUGCAAACUAAGUUUCUCUCAAGUACUUUAGGAUCUUUACAUCGGUCUAAAAAUUUAAAUUAAUUGUGGCCCGACAUGAAAGAAUGUACGGUUUUUUGCUGAGACUAACAAAAAGCAAGGUUGUCAUAGAUGAAUGUAAACGUGGAUCCUACCUUAACUGAUCAUUAACUGUAUCGUUAAUCCUGAUUGAUCUCCUUUAGGGAAACUCUCAAGGGCUCCUCAGCAGCUUGAAUGCUGAAUGGAUAACUACAGCAUACAACUGUGCAAUUGUCACGUUACCGCGUGAACAUUUGGUCCCAUUUCUACGUGUGCCAGUCGGUGCUUCACUUGUUACCAUUUGUACGAUUUUUCUUUUCUUUAUCCAGGAGUUUUUUCUGCUCUGAGAGACUCCCUGGAUUUCAGAGUCUUACACAAACACGGUGAAAGUUGUUAAGUGUUUCUACUUUUUCGUUAGAGCGGUGUAUUUUCUGGCCGUGCACCUCGACAUCUGCAGGGAUUUAACUUGCAAAAGACCUCGGAUGUGCUGAGGAUGCACGCUCACGUUGCACUGUGUUAUCAGGCCUGUUAACAGCCACAUGGCGGUUGGCCAAGCGGCACAGGAAAGCUCCUUUACUAAACGUGACGGAAGGUUUUCUGCUGGGGAAAGGCUACGAUGAAGUGCGAGAGGCCUCUGCUCUCUCAUUACCUUAGCUCAUUUCUUAUGAAAUAAUGCACAACGUUUUGGACAGCUCUUCCUGUUCUUACUUUAGUACUUACUAGUUAGUUUCCUCUUCUCAUGUCUAACCAGUGUACUGUCUGUGGUUGAUGCAGUACUUCCUACUGAGAGCUCUUGCUCUCUCACAAUGAAGUUUAUUGUAAAUACGGGAGAGCACAGCUGCAUGUCUGCUCUCCAGCUCUCUUGUUGUACUAGUUUCAUUGCUUCAUUGUCAUGUAUUCAAACAGGUUACUGUCAUUUUUAAUAAUUCUGCACAUUUCACCAAAACCAGAACCACUUACUGUAUGUUUCUAGGCUUAUCCAUAAAGCUUUUUAAGCUUCAGGCUAAUUGUAUUUUAUUUUGUACUUCCUAACUUGUAAGAAAAAUCAUUAUUGGAAGGCUUUGGCCAUGUAAUGCAUUUAAUUGAAACAGAAUAAAUAUUAAAAAUGUGUA